AUGCUUCUUUCCCAAACCUUUGCACUGCUGCUCGGAACUGCGAGCGUUGCCUCAGCCAAAUGGAUUGUGCCGGGCGCCCGCUGGCUUGACACAGAUGGCAAAAUUUUCAACGCUCACGCUGGAGGUCUUUGCGUGGACGAAGAGACAGGCAGAUUCUACUGGUUCGGGGAGUACAAGAUUCAGGGCCAAGUCGAAGGUGGUGGCAUUUCUGUCUACAGCUCCGAUGAUCUUGCAACAUGGGAGUCACACGGCCUCGCACUCGAACCGGUAGAAGGCCACGAGUAUGUCUCCUCGCACAACCGCAUCCAGCGUCCCAAGGUUAUUUACAGCAAGGAGACGGGCAAGUACCAUAUGUGGUGGCACGUCGACGACUCCAAAUAUAGCAUGCUGCUCCAGGGCCUAGCCACAGCUGAUAACAUUGCUGGCCCAUACAUUUUCCAAGACGCCAUCGCACCUCUCGGCAACUGGUCUCAAGAUUUUGGUGCCUUCACUGAUUACAAAUCGGGGGAAUCGUAUGCGUUGUACUCAAACGGAGACAGGGUCGAGGGCCGCGAUGUCUAUGUUAGCAAGUUCAACAGUAACUUGACUGAUGUCGAGGAGGUAACUUUCCGCUUCAACAAAUACGACUUUGAGGCCCCGACAAUUCUGCAGACGGAAAAGAGCUACUUCGCCUUAAUGAGCCACAAGACAGGCUACCGCCCGAACAAUGUUGUCGGGAUGCGCGCCGACAAACUUGAGGGCCCUUGGUCGCAGCCGUUUUUCGUAUCUCCAGCCUACACUCGUACCUUUAGUACCCAGUCCAGCUUCUCUUGGAGAAUUAAGGGCUCAAAGAAGACUACAUACCUCUACAUGGCUGACCAGUGGGACAUGCUGUCUCUCUGGGAGAGCCGGAAUGUCUGGCUCCCGAUUGACAUAAACGAGCGUGACGGAAGUCUCCGUGUUAUCUGGCAUGACAUCUAUGAUCUGGAUGUGCAAACUGGCGAGUGGUACCCCAUCAAGGGCAAGACCUACACCUCCAAGCGUGCAAAGCUUGCUGGAGACGCGUUCCUACAGGAGGCUUCAUUUGGAAGCCAUAAUGUGAUCGCUACUGAUACCGAUGACAUGGGCUUCGGUGACCAACCUUACGGACAGCCCGAUCGCAUUAAUGGCACAUGGCAACUGCGCCGCAUCAGCAGCGUUGUUCUCAACGAUGAUACCGACCACGUCCACACUCUGUACCAGAAGGACACGCAUAAAGGAAUCAUUCUUUCGACACCCCUACAGCUGCCUCUAAAGGAGGGCCGUAACAAGAUCACCAUCGGAGGCUUAUACAAUGGAUUCGAUUACAAGGGCGCCGAUCUUGACAAAAUUGUGGUGUACCCUCCCGAGCCCAAGAACAGGAAGCGAGGGUGGUUUUAA